UCACAUUUUUGAUUGUCUUCUUACCCUACCUUCUUCGGAUCUUUAUAGACGGUGGAAAGCUCCUAGUUAGCUCGAAAUCGUACUUGUUAACGCCAACUUAAGUACUACAUAAGAAGGUUUUAUUGUCACGCGUGAGGGGCACAACCCCGGAGCUUACUUAUGACCGCGGUGGUAAGCCCAUCAAUUCGGCCUUUUUAAACCUGAAACUUCUAUAUAAAGGCUUGUUGAAUUCGCUAUCAUCUGUCGUACUUCAAUUCACGCAUCAACUAUGUUGGACGCUAAGUCUUUGGUCUACGUACUUCCACUCACUCUCCUAUCCCCAAUCGCUCUCAAUUACGGGAAGCGAUCAGGACAUUCACUAUUCCCUCUACAAAGACCUUCAGAAGCACCACGAGCCGUCGACCAAGGUUUGCUAUCGGCCUGUGCGGCGCACCCAGCUCUGUCCGUCGUCACAGUCUGGCCCACGGCUACAACAUCCGCCUCCGCAGAUCCGGUCCUUGCCACGAAUGAGCCGUCUGAAGCGAAACCCGAAGUAAAGCCAAAGGUCCAAAAACCGAAAUACACCUGCCCUGAAAAUGAGGGCAGAGAGGAAAAUAUCUUCUUUUGCGUUCACUGUGGCGGUGCGAAGGAAGGAACGCCGUGGAGGAAUGAUGGUGUGCCGAAUGCAAAGUGCGUUGGGUUAUCAAACGGCAUGUGGGAAGACUGUCUCUGCUACGAAGAACCACCACAGACAGUGUUCCCGUUAGUAAGAGGAAAUAGAGGCACGAAGAAAGGGCUCAAGGAAGAAUGGACAGAGAAAAGUUUGGAUGAAGACCCUCCUAAAGCUUGAUAAUUUACGAAAUGUCCAGACCCAUAGGUAUGAGUGGGUGGCUACUGAGGGAGGAUAUGCUAUUUAGAAUCCGAAUGUAUUCGGUAAGGAGCUGUAACAGCUCCAGAUACUUCUAGAGCUAUAUAGGGGAACUUGAGUUUUGGC